AAUUAAUGAUCUUGAACUCAUGAAGGCGCUGAGGUCACAGGGCUAAGAACGGACCUCACAUUCAGAAUAGGACAGAUCCCUUCGGUCAGCAAUAGAAUGUUUAUUUGCCUAGGGCGGACACUGAUCAAUACCAUAUACACUGACGAAAAUAUUAAUCUAAAAUUUUGUUUUAACGAAACCCACUGCAAAUAAAAAUAGAUUAAAAAUGAGUAUGUUCAAAAAAAAAAAGAGAUACGCUAUGUAAACGCCAAUCAAAAAGAGCAGGACCGGUUGAAUUAAUUUUUAAAAAAAAGUAAGCUUCAGGGAAAAAGAGGGAAUAUUAUCAGGGAGAAAGAGAGACAUUACAUUCUGAUAAAAGGGUCAGCUCUUCAAAAAGGCAUCACAGUCCUAGGGGUGUAUCUGCCUAAAUAACAGUGCUUCAAAGCAGUUGAGAGAAACCGAUGCACCUAAAAGGGAAAAUGGAUAGAUCCACAGGUACAGUUGGAAAUUGCAACAUUGCUUUCUAGAACAAAGAAAAGAGAAAGUGCCAGGGACCGGGCUGCAUAUUUUAAUAGGGUAGUCAGUGAGGACUCCAUCUGAGAAGGUGACGUUUGAGUGGGGAUCGAAAGAAGAGAGUGGGCUUUGCAGAUAUCUGGAAGAAGAGCCUUCCAGGCAGAAGGGACAGCAAGCGCAAAGGCCCUGAGGCAGGAGCAUGCAUGCCUGGCAAUGAGGGAGCCGGGAUGGCUGGAGUGGUAUGAGCAAGGAUAGAAUAAGCAAGAGAAAUAAAAAUGAAACGUCUGUUGGAGACAGGAUUUAUGGCAGGAAGGAAUGAGCUAUUCAGGGGAGGAAGCCCGUGACAAGGGGUAGGUUCAGCAAAGGUUGAGGAGAGGGAACUCCAGAGAAGGCAGUGGGACAUUCUAGGCAAAGAGAGGAGCGUGUGCAAAGGCAAGCAAGUCUGAGGUGGUUCAUCAUGUCCAAGCAUGAAGCUCCAGUUGCCAGAGCAGAAAUAGGGCAGGGGCCAGGAAUGAGGCUGUGGGAGUCAGCUGCAGCCAGAUCGAGAAGGGCAGAGACGCAACAAGAGACAGGAGGUCUUGAAGAACCAUCAGAGAAGGUCGGGAGGAUCAGGAGGUUGUGGUGAGAGAGCGGGUGAUGGGGUUCGAGGUUCGAGAGGUACGGCAGUUCUGGGUACUGGCAAAGGGUGGGGAGUGGUUGCAUCAGAGGGUGAGUGGGGUGGCAUGCCUCCAGGGUGGCCGCAGGACUUGGGGAUGGGAGGAAGACCGACCAGGGCCUGCGUCUGUCCUCACGAUCAGUCUCAGGAUGUUUGGGACCCCCCCACAGUGGGGAGCCUCAGCUGCGUGGGAUGUGGGAGAAUGAGCUGUCACCACUGGGGGACGCGGCAUGCGAAACCCGUCUGGGCUAGGCAGGUGCCAGCCGCUCUUCCUUUUCCUUCUCCUCCAAGCAGCCCUCUGGGAUUGCUCCCCGAAAUGUACUGGUACUUCCCUGGCAGUUGGUUCCAGGCGGCCCCGAUGGGCAGGGCCUGUGUAGAGCCGAGGAGGCAGACUACAGGAAGGGAAAGCCCCCAUGGUUUCUGUCUCACUGCAGGGACCCAACAGGGAAACCCCACGGAUCCCAAAAGGAAAGUGGGCCUCGGGGAAGACCAAGAAACCCCCAUCGUGUCCCUGAAGAUGGAAAAUCCAGGGUGGGGUGAAGGGUGGAACCAUGCUGGAAGGGAGACCUGUCGUUGAGGCAGCCCAGCCCUGACAGCCAUCCACAGAGCAGAAACACACAGAGCAGGAUUACUCUGGGACCUGGCUGAGCCCCAUCCUGGCCUCACACAACCCCAACCUGGUGAGCCCUGACCCUGGUCAUCGAGGGAGCUCUUAUCCCAGCCCAGGCCUGAGCCCUGACCUGAGUCACAGGCUCUGUCAGAAGCUCGGCCACAGCCUGAGCUCUGGGCCCAAUCUGGACUGAGGUCUAAGCUCAACCCCGAUGGGUCCCAAGCAGAGCCUCCGGGUCAUUGACGGCUCUGACCCCAAACACAGACAGAGCUAGGAUGUUGGCCCUAGACAAAGUUCUAGACCAAGUCCGGCCCUAGUAGACCAAGUCCUGAUCAUGGUUACAGACUGAGAUCUAAUCCCAGAUCUUACUCUGGCCAAAGACAGAGCCCUCGGCCCAUUCUCACCUGCCCUGCCCCUGCCUGUAGACUGAACCCUGCCCCUGCCCGGACUGGGGCCCCACUGCUCCACACAAAGCCCCCCUCCCAGCCCCCCCGGCGACUUCCCCGCUUCCUUCGCACUCCCUCACUCAGCCAUCUGGUAAACCAGAAAAGAGUAGGAUGACUCAAAACCCCAAGUCCUCUCCGAUGGGCAAUCCCCUUACCUGGCCGUCCAUCUUUUGCCAGACAGUGAGCUGGUGAUGGCAUAGGAUGAUGAUGACAGAGCAGAGGAACAGGAGGGGUUGAGGGUCCAGGACCCAUCACCAGCCCCUAGAGCAGUGACUUACCCGGGAGAGGGGAUGCGAGGGGAGGAAAUGUCCUAGGAGCUCAGCGGGGGGUCCGGAGCUUGGAUUGACCGAAACCCUAGCUUCCCGCCACCCCCUCCACCCCCCCUGCUGCACCUCCCGCCCCCUCUGGGAAGGGAAAUGACAUUUCCCCAUUUCAGCAAGGGGUGGUGAGGAGGGAAGACUGAGCGCAAAGCCGAAAGUACAAGCAGGACGGAAAGUGAAACCGGCGCAGCCCCCACUAUAAGACCCCUGCCCGGGAGAUGGCUGGCCACACAGGCUGGGCCCCGCCAUGGGCCAGAUGGCAGGCGACCUUGGCUGGCGGCUCAGCCUCUUGUUGCUCUCCUUGCUCCUGGCUCGUGCUGGUGUUUGGGGAUUCCCGAGGCCGCCAGGGAGGCCCCCCCUGAGCCUGCAGGAGCUGCGGAGGGAGUUCAAGGUCAGCCUGCACCUCGCCAGGAAGCUGUUCUCCGAGGUUCGGACCCAGGCCCACCGCUUUGCUGAAUCUCACCUGCCAGGAGUGAGCCUGGACCUCCUGCCCCUGGGAGAUCAGCUCCCCAAUGUCUCCCUGACCUUCCAGGCCUGGCACAGCCUCUCUGACCCAGAACGACUCUGCUUCCUCUUCAUGACACUUCGCCCCUUCCAUGCCCUGUUGGGAAGCCUGGGAAGCCAGGGGGGCUGGACGAGCUCAGAGAAGAUAGAGCUAUGGACCAUGAGGUUGGACCUCCGGGAUUUGCAGCGGCAUCUCCACUUCCAGGUGCUGGCUGCGGGACUCAACCUCCCCGAGGAGGAAGAUGACGAGGAGAGGAAGGAGCUGCUCCCAGGGGCUCCGAGUGGCCUCUCACGGGUGUCAGGGCAGCCGUCUUGGCCCCAGCUCCUCUAUACCUACCAGCUGCUGCACUCCUUGGAGCUCGUCUUAGCUCGGGCCGUAAGGGACUUGCUCUUACUCUCCCAAGCCGGAAACCCAGCCCCAGCCUCGGGGUCCUCAUUCGGCUCCCGGCCCUGAUGGGGUGACCGCUCAGCCCCUUCCCUUCGCCCUUCAUUCAGUUCGGGCCAACGGGACAGCCUCCAGCUCGUCUGCCUUAAACAGGGCAGGACUCCACCGGCCUCCCACCCCAACCCCCACCCAAUAACUUAAGGCCCCUCCAGGCCCUGCCAGAUAUUUAUUUCUUGGAUAUUUAUUUAUUGUUUAGGAAAAUGAUGGUUUAUUUAUUGUUUCAGAGCCGGCUAGUUGUCCCCGGGCUGGGCCACCGUGCGGGGUGCCGAAUAAAGCACUGUCAUCCUC